AUCUAUUGAUUCAAUUACCAACCCCAAUACCCAACCAAACCCACGUCCCUAGAGAACUAAAGGACACCCUCCAUCCACAGACCAUCCCUAAUUCCCUCUUCUUCUUCUUCUUCUUCUUCUUCCUCUUCCUUCUUCGUCCCGACUGUCCCGCCCAGAUCAUCCUCUCCUCGCUCUAUCAAUCCCAUCUCGACCCUUCAAACUCCAUCUCUCCCACUCCCUAUCUCUCAAACCCACUACCCACCUCCAUUUGCCUUCUUUUAUCCCCUUCGUAGCCCAGACUUUCGAUUGGGCGCAGCAGGAUGAGCAGAACACUACAGCCACCAUUGCUGACUCGGAACAGGAAGAAGAAGGUGAGGAUUCGGCAGCCGAAUAGGGCCCAGUGGCUUCCUACGCCGCCGCCAAAGAUGGGGAUGAUGCAAUUGAGGCGGAGGAGCCGUCGGAGGACGCCAAAGUGUUCGUCGGUAACUUGCAGUACGAUGUGGAUAGUGAUAAAUUGGCUAUGCUCUUCGAGCAAGCUGGAACUGUAGAGAUUGCUGAGGUCAUUUACAACAGAGAGACUAAUAGCAGCCAUGGUUUCGGAUAUGUGACCAUGAGUACUGUUGAAGAAGCUGAGAAGGCUGACUAA